AUGUCGAUAGCAAUCUGGCCUCCGGUGACCCCAGAGGAGCUGAUAAAAGGGAAACAGGAAUGCCUCGCCCGCGAGCUAGAAUGGAUCGUCGUAGAAACACAUGCGAUCCUCAAGGACAUCCGCCACGGCCUGCAGGACUGCUAUGCUCUCCUGGCGCCCAUCGACCCGGGAAGCACUCUCGUCAUGAGCACGCAGCGUAACGAGCGCGUAAAGGGGACAGUGACCCGGGUCGGCACGCGAAUAAUCAAAGGCGACGACUUCGAACCUGCGGCUAACACCUCCAAGACAAUUCACCUCCAGCUCAAGACCCUCCCAACGCAAACCCUGAACCUCGACGCCUCGCACCCAGUCCACAUCGCGGCUCUCGAAACGAUCCACACCCACCUAACAGAAUGCCUCGACCUCCUCUCCCUAACAGAUACGCCGAGCCCUUCCAAUAACCCAUCCCAGCUCGCCGCCCAGCUGCGCAUCAUCGCCGCCUCCCUCAACGAGUCCUCUUCUCUCCUCAAGGGCCCGGCUCUGAACGAAAUCGACCAUAGUUGGCAGACCGACUCCUGUCCGCCCGUCCACUUCACCCCAUCCCUUGGGCCAAAUAUCAGCGUCCACCUGGGUCUUCAGGAAUCGAGCUUGGUGCUCUGGCUGCGCGCCCUCGAACCCGUCGAUUCGCCGGUACACUUUGGGACCAAGCUCGGGCUCGCACUAGGGACGGUCCGAAGACUGGAACACGACGAGAUGGACCGCCCUUUCCGGUUCACGUAUAGCACUGUAACCGAUGGCGGGCUGAAGCAUAGGCAUGGCACGGCGCAUCCGAGGAGUAGUGGGAGCAGCCCCAGCGGGCUGGGUACGCCCUCCAGUAACGGAGAAGCUACGGAGGUCUUCGUCAGGGAAAAGGUGCGGGUUGAGAGCCUACCAGAUCCCAAUCUCAUGUCUCUGUCUGCCAAGUUGGUUGCCUUGGGCCACACGCUGGCCAGCGCUAGGAGGAACCUGGCAGCUGUCAUGGGUGAGGAGUUUGACGAGUGA